AUUGUCCUUUAUCUUAGCUCCUUCCUAUAAAAUGAGUGAAAAUGGGCUCAUUCUAUCCAUCCACAACUCACUUUGUAUCUUUUAGAAAGAAAGAAGAGAGAGAUGGCAACGACAGUUGGUAGAGGAGCACAGACCAUGAACACCAUCUACUUCAAGCCGAUGCUGAGAAAAGCCUACCAUAAAAAAGGGUCAUGUGGUGACAUGGUAAGUGAUGCUGUGAAACUGAAUGGUGGUGAGGAAAUGAAGAACAAAACUAGCAGCCUUGACAGCGGCGGCGGCAGCGGUGACUGGUGGGUACCCGAUCACCGUACCGGAAUUUACUAUCCGAAGGGCCAUGAGAAAGUCAUCCAAGAUGUUCCUCUUGAUGCUGGAAAGGACUUCCUCAGGAUCAACUGGUUUACCAACAAUGAAGAUUUCAUUUGAUUCUUAUAUUCACGUUGUUGUAAAAUGUGUUGCAAUUAAGACUUGGCUUAAUUAUUAAUUUAAGUGUUCAAAAUGGGUAUCUUAUAGAAAAAAAAAAAAAAAA